AUGGAGCUCGAUAAGAAUGAGAUUUACUACUUCCUGGACUGCCAUCAAAAUGCAAAGCGCUCAGGCUCCCUCCCGGCGGUGUAUCCGGCCACCCAGUCGGGCCUUGGUAGCAGUCAAGCGCAUGUCUUAAGUGAGGACAAUAAGCUGUUCGAGCAUUACUUCGACUACGACCUUUAUGCUCGCGGCCCCAAAGACAACCCAACCCCUCCACACAUCAUGGCCGACGAUGCUUCGCAGUCUGUACGUGACUCUGGGAGCACGACAGAGACAUCGUCUAUCCGCACCCCCGAGACCUUGCCAUCCAACCCGGGGUCCCCUUUGACGGACUAUGGCCCCCCCAUCUCGGAAGACUACCGGUAUGGGAAUGAUGACCUGGCUGCUCCUGAUCUCAAUGAAUACCCCAAUCACCCGUUCCUCUUCCCCAGGAUCGACCAGACACCAAACCCACCCAGGGAGCAGACUCUUCAGGUUCCCACCAGGAAGAGGUCACGGCCUGACAGUCCGAACGGGAAGAAACGCGUCGUCAGGGACGUGUACAAGACAAACCAAGUCAGGUCCACAGGAUCCUGCACAGGGUGCCGUAUUCGGAAAGUCGAUUGCACAACUUCCGGUACAUGUGACAGAUGCAUCAAGGCCUAUCCCAGGGACUCAAAGUGCGCCUGCGUUCGCAAAGAACUCUUGGCAACUGCCGCCGACCUGUCCUCAGCACACUUCGCUGGGUUAGAAAGGAAGGCCGAGUUGGAGGCGAAAUACUCGCUCCAGUUCGUGCAGCCACAGGACUACGGGAUCGUCCACAGGGGCCAUGUGGUGUUCGGCCGUGACCCGCAUGGAGCGACAAGGCUGUCUACCGCGCUGCAAAACUACUGUCGCAUGUCGGACGAUGGUCAGCGGCCCAUCUACCAAGGAUGCUUCCUCGCCAGGGAAUACGGGGUGCCUUCGUGGAACGAUCUGAUCAGCUGGGGCGAGAAAAUCGUCUUCCCCGAAGACAGAGACACAUUCGAAGGCCUCAUCGAGCUCUUCAUCAAGGACUAUUCCGCCCCCUGUCGCUCCGGCGGCCCCCGGCGGCCCCAAAUGGAUCUCCUCGACAACGUUCAUAAGAUGAAGGUCAUGUAUAAGAUCUGCUGCGAGGAGAACUUCAACUUCAUCCGGGAGAACACCAACGCCGUCGAGCCGCUGCCGCUGCCGGUCAAGGCGGAGUUCAGGACCAUCGCGCGGCUGGCCCUCGCGCAUUUCGAGGAGAGAGCGCUCGGCGCGCUCGACAAGUACCUCGCCCCGAAAAGGGUCCCGCCGUGCGAGGUGCCGGCGCUCUGGGCCUCGCUGUGGCAGCUGUUGUUCAUCUACCGGGACCUGCUGCGGACCCGCGCCCCGUCCGAGACCAACGCCGUCCCGCUGCUCAACGCCGUCGCCGUCUUCUACGCGACGCGCUUCAGGACCUCGGACUCCCUCAAGCUCUCCCUGGACGGCAUCCAGGGCUCCUGGGACCCGCGGGAGACCGGGCAGGCGGCGCUCGCCAGCACGUUCGACCACGCCUUGCGGCUCCGCGACACCCUUCACCGCACUAUUGCUGCCGGCACAGACAAUAUCGAUAUUCGUCUCAAGGGCCUCGUCGUCGAUCCUGAGAUGAAGGUGCUCAACCGGCGACAGCCUAGCAAGAAGUCGGCCAAGGGAAAAUAG